UAUUAUUCUUGGCCUGGAGUUCAUACGCACGUGGAAAACACGUGCUUCUUUGAGCCGGUCAGAUUCAUUCUGAUUAUUCACGAAACCUCUCUCCCGCUUUCUUCGACGUCAGUUAAGGUAUCAAAAGCCUUAGUAAUGGCGGCGACGGAGGAGAACCCCAAGGACGACAAGCCGGUGAUUGUUAGGGUUAAGCGAAAAGCAUCGCAAUUUUGCCUCGAUGCUUUCUGGCUUGAAAUCAAUGAGAGACCACUCAAACGCCCGUUGAUUGACUUUGAGAACCUCUCAAUUUCCAAUUCUUCUUCUAGUACUAGUAAAGUAGAGGAAUUGAAGACAAAAAAGGUUCUUGUACAGCAUGUUGAGACCAUAACUAACUCAGAAGUCACUGCUGAUCUUGUGCGGUCUUUUGUGCCUGAUUCUGCUGCUGAUUCUUCAAUUGUCAAAGAGAAAUUUGAGGAAAGAAGACAUGCAUUUAAGGCUAAUAAUCACAUGCGAAGGCAAGAUCAGCUUCUUACAAAAGCUAAACAAAAACAAGAGGAUUUGUCAAAAAAUGCUCGAUUUGAGCAAAUAUGGAAAAGUAGAAGGGGUAAGAAGGAUGAUGAAGCACUACAUGAAGUCUGCCGACUGUAUGAUGUUGUUCGUGUUGAUACAGAGGAAAAAAGCCAUGAUGUACAAGAGGAAGAUCCAGAGUUGGAAGAUCACAGGAUGAUGUCUCAGUAUUUGCCACUCUUAAGAGAAGUCAUGCCAAGUGCCGCUGAAGAAAUUGAGUCUGGCAUACAUGACUAUAUCUUCAAACAAGCAGCAUCUUCAGAUGGUUUUGUAUAUGACUUCUAUGCCGUUAAGAAUGAUGUUGAGACCAUGGCGGAAUCAACUGAAAACCAUUUUCCUUUGGUUCAAGUGGAUGACGAUGAUGACUUCUAUGAUGGUCCUGAUGAUUCAGACUAUGAAACUGAUGAUUCUAAUGAUGAAAACAACCCCCGUAAUGAGUAUCCCGAUGAAGAGUCAUCUGGAGAUGAGGAUGGAGUAGAGAGUCUAUCCUCAAAUGACCGGUCAGAAGGUGAGAGUGAAUCUUCCUCUGACGAACAAGAAACUGACAUCUAUGUAUCUCGCGAGGGAGAGGAUUUGAGUCGAUUCGAGUGUUCAGAUGGUUGGGAUCCAUUUGUUGAAGAUGAUAUCUAUAGUGGUGAUGAUUGUGAAUUGUAUGACUAUGGUGAGGAUGUUUGGUGAGGAAGACAAAUGGAUGUGAUUUCUGGUAGUUGUAGUUGUCUGAUAUCAUAUGGAUUCCCUUUCAGAUUUAAGUUCAGUGGAUUCUUACACUACUGAGUAAAAUUGUUUUUUUUUUUUUUUUUUUUUUUCUUUUUGGAACAAACAAACCUCUUUUCAUGAAUUCAAGUCUAACUGCAGUAAAUGAACAA